UAUAUGUAUCGGUUCACAUUAGCCAUCACCCACGUCACACUUUUACAAUUUGUUCUCUCUUUUUAUCCACUAAAUUACAUAUAAAUUUGAAUAAAAAAUAGCGGUAUGAGCAAUACUUCUUCACCGUCUCCAUCUCAUGACAAAUCAUAGCCGUUCGAUCUUACGCUGCCGUUUGAACAUCCAUCUAUCGCGGCCACAUGGAAUACUUCACCUCCACACAAUGUUACUCCUCUUCUCGGCGGCGACACCGUACACCGCGGCGCAGUCGAGUGCGGGAACGCCGGAGGAUGCGUACGCCAGCGACGACACCAUCAAUCCAUCACUGACGGUCAUGAUCAUCGUCCUCGUCUCCGCCUUCUUCUUCAUGGGCUUCUUCUCCGUCUACAUCCGCAAAUGCACAUCCAACACCGGCGCCGACACUUCGAACCCCUACGCCGGCAACGGCGGCCGCUCACGGCCGCUCCCGCGCGGCCUCGAUCCAUCCGUAAUCGAAUCAUUCCCAAUCGUAGCCUACUCUUCCAUUAAGGAUCUGAAGAUCGGGAAAGGUGCGCUAGAAUGCGCCGUCUGUAUAAGCGAGUUCAACGACGGCGAUAGUCUCCGGCUGUUGCCGAAGUGCGACCACGUUUUCCAUCCGGAAUGCGUCGACACUUGGUUAGCUUCGCACACGACGUGUCCGGUGUGCCGGUAUGACCUCACACUGAGUUCCGGCGAACUCGCCGGCGGUGUGCACAUAGCUGAGUCAAAUCACUCAUCUCCCGAGCAAGAAGACUCUAGAUCUGAACACAGUGACUCAGUUCACCAAAUUUCUAUCACAAUUGAUGAUUAUGAUCAAGCAAAGAGUUCAGAUCAAGCGGUGGAGAUCUCGAGGAGGACGCUCCCGAAGUGUCACUCGACGGGUCACUCACUGGUUCAACCCGGAGAGAACUGUGAGAGGUACACACUGAGGUUGCCGGAGGAGGUGAGGAGGAAGAUCAUGAGUCAGACGCUGAAGCGAACGACGAGCUGCAUCGUCGUUUUGCCGAGGGAAGAAGGAAGUAGUAGAGGAGGGAGAUCACAGGUUGGCCGGUCCGACCGGGUUGGGAGGUCGGACCGGUGGGUGUUUACUGUGACGCCGCCGUUUUUGAGUCGGACCGGUUCUGUUAGGGCGGCGAAGGUGUGUAGUGAAGAAACCGUAACGGCGAAAACGUCUCUGGACAAGCCGUUACAUGGUCAUGCCGCGAAAGAUGACGGAGUUGAGUCAUCGUCUAGUGUCACUCCCAUUUAAGUGGCGUUUGGCGUUUACAUGUUGUUUAUUUUUAUUUUUUCUGUUUUUAUUUUUUAAUUUUUUUUAAUUUUAUCUCCCUAGUGACAUUAGACAAGUUAAAACCCCGAAAGUAACACAAAAGAAUAGGGAUUUUGAUUGGAAAUGACUCAAUAAACUUAAACAAAUUUGGAAAGCUCUAAAAGCAAGCUGUGUAUAUAUAUAUAUAAACAAAUUUGGAAAGCUCUAAAAGCAAGCUGUAUAUAUAUAUAUAUAUAUAUACACAGCUUGCUUUUAGAGCUUUCCAAAUUUGUUUAAGUUUAUUGAGUCAUUUAUAUAUAUACACAGCUUGCUUUUAGAGCUUUCCAAAUUUGUUUAAAUUUAUUGAGUCAUUUCCAAUCAAAAUCUUGCAUGGCAAUCUGUUUUUAACACUGGUGUGCAAGUGAUGCAACACUUCAGUACUGCAUGAAUAUUGAGGGGAAAAUAUGAAAAAGGGCACAAUAUUUGGUGAAUAAAGUAGUGCGCUGGUGUUAGUUAGGACAGGAUGAAAAGAAUGUCCAUGAACAAUGUUUUUUACCUAGAUGUAAAUAUUUUUUCCUAAUUUUAUUUUGUGAAAAAUGUAUCUUUUGGUCUCCACAUCAAUGUAAUUAGAACAUUUUAAUUACAUUUUAUAAUAGAUUUCAUUUUUAAUCA